CACCUUGCUUGACCAACAACAGACUUGUUGGUGGCGGUUAUCGGGAGAGGACAGCACAAAUUGAAAGUGCUGUGUCCUGCCUGUGUUCUGUUGAGAGACAGCAGUGGUUGGUUGUGGACGCACGCAUUCUCGAGAGCACACAUCGUUUGUCACUGCGGACAGCACCGACAGCAGAUCACACGGGAGGACAGACGGCGAUGCGAGUGCGGGUCGUGUGGAACGAUGGGUCACGCAUGAACCUGCGGAUCACUGCGGCCAUCUCCACCCCUGUGGGUGACUUUUGCCAGCUCGCUCAAGUACAGCUUGGCGCACCUCUACCUGACAACGCCGUGUUAUCGUUGAACGGCAAGACCCCCCUCGGCCACACACCUGCGACGCCGUUGUCAGCGCUCGGCAUCUGCAGUGGCGACCUCGUGUACAUCAUGUGCCCCUCCACAGCACCACCCGCCGCAUUAGCGUCUUCCUCCUCCUCCUCAACAGCAACAACAACAGCAGCAAGAGCAACAACAACGACAACAUCGCGUCCGCAACAACACCAGCAACAAGAAGCACGCAGGCAGCAGGACACAGCAUUGCUGUCGACAGGAAUGGACGUUCGGCCGGACACCACAGCAUCUAGUUCGGCGAACACCAGGCCAGCGGCCACGGCAACCUCUCGUCGCCGGCGAAAGCCAGUCUGCACGCUCCCAGAGCCCACGCGCCGGUUCUUUGAGGAGAUGCAAGAGACGCUGUCAUCGCUGGACACGCAGCUCGAUGCGCGCGGGCGGACAAUGGUUGCCGCUGUGCUAGCUGUGCAGCUGCUGUGUCAGCAGCAGGGCCUUGCCCUCGUGUCGCAGGACGGCUCUGUCAAGCGCACGCUCGAUGACACGGACGUGUUCCUCGCUGCGCUGAGCGCGCGUGACGCGGAGGUGGCAAGGCUCUGCUUCGCUGCCCAAGCGAUCAAGGAACAGAACCGCACAGCUCACACCAUCCACUUGGUCUUGGUGAUGAUGCUCGACUCGCUGGUUGUCCGCGUGUCUGCGGUGCGGCAGCCGAGCAGCGCCGAUGGAGACGCCAAGGCUGGGUGCUCGCCACACCACCAGCUCAAGUUGGGCCUUUGCCUUGGAGGGCCCCUCUUGCGGCAUGGACUGAAGCCUUCACCAACAGCAGACCCACUGUCCCUCACCAUCGCGGCACUCUGCAAAUCAUUUGUCACGCCCUCUUACUUCUCCCGCACCUUCCUGGAUCGCGUGGUUCAUCGCUGCGCAGUCACGCUCGCAGCAGCGCCGCCGAGCGAUUCGCUGCAAGGCCAACCCCAGGAAAUCUUGGACCACAUCAGCUCUUUCCUCCCCGCAACGUCAAAGCAGGCCUUGUGCGCCGCACUAUCUCCGCCCUAAGCAAGAAAAAAAAAAAGGCACGACAACAAGAAACAACGAACAAUCAGAGUGCCAUCCAAGGCCUUGUGGCUGCUCCGUGCUCUUGCUUCUUCUCUUUCCUCUCACCUGUCGUCUCAUGUCAUGUCACUGCCUGCUGCGCUUGCUGUGUCCUUGCUUUGCUGCUCCCACCUGGCUCUGCAGAUUUUUAUGAGAAGAUAUACGUCAAUUGUCACAACUUUUGUGAAUUUUGCGCGCUCUCCCCCACCCCAACAAACAGACGUCAAUUCUCCCUUGCUGCUAACACCACCCCAUC